AUGACUUCUUCUCCUAGCGUCUUUGUAGAUGAUGGCUCCAGUGAUAAGCUGCUGUCUCACCUGAUGGGCUUGGAUCGGUAUCAGCUGGAGGAUUUCAAACUUUGCGUCCAGUCCCCACAGCUGCUGCCUGAGAACGUCCAGAAGAUCUCCUGGGCAAACUUGAAAGCCAUCAGUCCCACUAACCUGCUCUGUCUGUUGAAAGAACACUUAUCAGUAAGGCAGAUAUGGGACGUGACCCUCCGCAUCUUUGAGCACAUGAAGCUGACUUCGCUAUGCGAGCAAAUGAGAGCAGAGAUGAAUGAGAUGGCACAGGUAUGGGGACCCCAAGAUCCAAACCAAGAAGAACCAGAGAUGCUGGAAGAAGAAACAGCUCACAGAAGAAGAUACAGAGAGAAGAUGAGGAUGAAAAUACUGGUUCUGUGGGACAACAUUCCUUGGCCUGAUGACCAUAUAUAUCUCCACAGCACGGUGGAGCAGGAACACAGAUUGCUGAGGAGUCUACUGUGUCCUAACAGGACUGGAGCCCAGCCACUGCCGAUCGUACUGGAGGGCCUGGCGGGCGUUGGGAAGACCACCCUGGCAAUGAAGGUCAUGCUACACUGGGCAGAGGGCAUACUCUUUCAGCACCAGUUCUCCUAUGUUUUCUACAUCAGCUGCCAUAAGGUGGGAGAGAUUGUGAACACCACCUUUGCUGGCCUGCUUUCCCGGGACUGGCCUGACUCUCAGGUCCCCAUUGAAGAGUUCAGGAGUCAUCCUGAGAGGCUCCUGUUUGUCAUUGAUGGCUUUGAAGAAACGACUGUGUCUUCCAACUUGUACGAAAGCCCGCCCUGUACAGACUGGUACCAGCAGCUCCCACUGGCCAGAAUCUUACUCCACUUGUUGAGGAAGGAGUUGGUUCCCACAGCUACCUUACUGAUAACGACCAGAGACUAUGGUAAUCUAGAUCUUAAAAAUUUGUUAGUGAAUCCAUGCUUUGUUGUCGUCUCAGGGUUCACAGAGGGAGACCGGGAGGAGUAUUUCAUCAAGUUCUUUGGUGACCUAGACAAAGCUAAUAAAAUCUUGAAUCGGAUAAGAAAAAUGGAAACUCUAUUUGAUUCCUGCUCUGCCCCCCUGGUGUGCUGGACUGUGUGUUCCAGCCUGAAGUGGCAGACGGCAAGUAAUCCUUCUUUCCGGCUGGCCACACAGACCACCACCAGCAUCUAUGCCUAUUUUUUCUGCAGCUUGUUUGCCACGGCAGAGGUGAGCUUGUCAGAUCAGAGCUUGCCAGAACAGUGGAGAGCCUUGUGCUGUCUGGCUGCAGAGGGGAUGUGGUUCUCAAACUUCACAUUUGCAAAAGAGGUCAUGGAACAAGGGCAUCUGGAAGCCUCUUUUAUUGAUUCUCUCUUGAGGUUGAAUAUUCUGCGAAAGGUCAGUGACUGUGAAGAGUGCAUUUCUUUCACUCACCAAGGUUUCCAGGCAUUUUUGGGGGCCAUGUUUUAUGUGCUCUGGGGAACAAGAGGAUCCCUUGGUGGUCCCCCAAAGCAUCAAGAGAUGAGGGUGCUCCUGAAUGACGCCUUUGCCAACACAAACUUCUAUUGGCAUCAGAUGGCUCUUUUUUUCUUCGGUCUUUUAAAUACAGACCUAGCAAGAGAGCUAGAAGAUACGUUACGCUGUGAAAUGUCUCCCAGGGUAAUGGACGAAUUAUUAGAUUGGGCAGAAGGGUUGGAGAAGUAUGAUGCUGUCUCAGUCCACUUCGAAUUCCUACAGUUUUUCCAGUGCUUGUGUGAGACUCAGGACGAAAAUUUUAUAAGGCAGAUUUUGAAUCACCUCCUUGAAGCUGAUCUCGACAUUCAUGGGUAUCAGCACCUCCAGGUUUCUUCCUUUUGCCUAAAGCACUGUCAAAACUUACGUAAGCUGAGGCUCUCUGUCAGCGGUCCCAUGCUUGAGAUGAAAUUGACUUCCACCUCGGAAACUCUGGAGACAGGGGUUGGCGAUUUCAGGAAACAUCAGUGGGAGGAUAUUUGCUCUGUGUUUUGCAAUGGGAACAUGAGAGAGCUGGACCUGAGUAACAGCAAGCUUAAUACUUCAUCUAUGAAGGAACUCUGUUAUAAGCUGAGAAAUCCAAGGUGCAAACUCCAAAAACUGACGUGCAAAUCAAUGUCUCCUGUGAAGAUUCUGAAGGAGCUUGUCAUCGUGCUUCAUGGUAACCACAAGCUGACCCACCUGGAUCUGAGCUCUAACAACCUAGGAAUUACUGUGUCCAAGAUGAUUUUUAGAACUUUGAGGCACUCAGCCUGCAACCUCAAGUAUCUGUGCCUGGAGAAAUGCAACCUGUUGGCGGCCCACUGUGAGGACCUGGCCUUGCUUCUCAUCAGCACCCAGGGAAUGACUCGACUGUGCCUGGGAAUUAAUCAGCUCCAGGAUGAUGGUGUGAAGCUGCUGUGUGCUUCCCUGACUCACCCUGAGUGUGUCUUAGAGAGACUGGUGCUCUGGUCCUGCCAGCUUGGUGCACCCAGUUGUAGAUAUUUGUCAGACGCUCUCCUCCAGAAUAAGAGCUUGACACACCUGAAUCUGCGGAAGAAUAACCUGGGAGAUGAGGGAGUGAAGUUUCUGUGUGAGGCCCUGAGUCGUCCAGAUUGUAACCUGCAGAACCUGAACUUGUCAGAUUGUUCUUUCACAGUGGAGGGCUGUCGGGAGCUUACUGAUGCCCUCAAGUACAAUCAUAAUGUGAAAAUUCUGGAUGUUGGGAAAAAUGAUGUUCAGGAUGAUGGGGUGAGAGAGCUGUGCAGGAUUCUGAAAUGUCCAAGUUGUGCACUGGAGACGCUUGGGUUGGAGAAAUGCAAUUUGACACCUGAUUGCUGCUGGCCUCUGUCCUCAAUUCUCAGAAGCAGUAAAAGCCUGGUUAAUCUGAACCUUCUAGGGAAUGACCUGGGGCCAGAGGGAGUCAACACGCUGUGGACGUCCUUGAAAAAAUCGACGUGCAAACUACGGAAACUUGGGUAA